CACCGUCAAAUAAAUCCGCUUUCCGCCAGCGUGGUUCGCUCCUCGCCACAGCUACAAACCGAGAAAACAAACGAAGCCUCUCUUCUGAGUCCAACACGCCGCCAUUCAAUGGCGGCGGCAGUUUCUGCCGUGGUCGCAUCGUCGUUUUCGGCCACUCCGACGGCUGUCCUCGGAAGCAGGAAGCAGCUUCGAACGGCGACGCAGAGCGGGAAGCCUCCGCGAAAAGUGUGGGCUGUAGGGGAUUUCAGUCACUUCGGGGAAGUGGUUUCGAAGGAUUUUGAGUUCUUAAAGAAAGGAAUCGGGAAGGGAAUUGACUGGGCGAAUGAGGUGUUUCGUAUUCCGCAAGUGACCAGGGCGGUAGAUGAUGUUGUGUGGAUGCGGAAUCUCGAGGAUCCUGCAGCCGCGAAUCUGGAGAAGCAAACUUGGCCUCAGCCUUAUUAUCCAGGACUGACUGGCGUUGACUUACUGAUGGCUGACCUCCAAGCCAUGGUAACCUAUGCCAGUUACUUCUACUACUUGUCCAAGAUUUGGUCCAAACCACUUCCUGAAGUCUAUGACCCGGAAGCUGUUGCCGACUACUUCAAUUGCAGGCCUCAUGUGGUAGCAUUUCGGCUUCUCGAGGUCUUCUCCGCCUUUGCUUCUGCAAGUCUCCGAGUACGAGCUUCGCGGAUUAGAAAGUUUAUAGGGUCAAGUUCAGAUAGUGAUUUCGACAUGAAUGGAAACACUUCGCAGUACAAUUUUGGAUUGCUCUUGAAAGAAUCAAUGCUUAACUUGGGUCCCACUUUUAUAAAAGUUGGCCAGUCUCUUUCCACGAGGCCAGACAUAAUUGGCACCGAGAUUUCCAAGGCUCUUUCUGGGUUGCAUGAUCAAAUACCUCCCUUCCCUAGGACAAUGGCCAUGAAAAUCAUUGAGCAGGAGCUAGGAGCUCCUAUUCAGUCGUCUUUUACCUACCUAUCCGAGGAACCUGUCGCUGCAGCAUCUUUUGGUCAGGUUUAUCGGGGAAAGACUAUUGAUGGUCGUGAUGUAGCUGUGAAGGUUCAACGUCCUAAUCUCCGCCAUGUGGUAGUUCGAGACAUCUACAUACUUCGGAUUGGGUUGGGACUGUUGCAAAAGAUUACGAACAGAAUAAGCCACCUUCCUCUCUAUGCUGAUGAAUUUGGAAAGGGCCUGGUUGGCGAGUUAGAUUACUCUAUUGAAGCUGAGAAUGCAUCCAAGUACCUGGAAGCUCAUUCUUCUUUCACUUUUAUCCACAUUCCGAAGGUUUACCGAGAUUUAAGCCGGAAAAGAGUUCUGACGAUGGAGUGGGUAGUCGGUGAAAGUCCAACUGAUUUACUCUCUGUAGCUACUUCCAAUGCUAAUCACGAAGUUUCAGAAACAGAGAGAAUUGAAGCAAAUAGGAAGUUACUUGAUCUGGUUAGCAAAGGUGUGGAAGCAUGUUUAGUUCAGCUCCUUGAAACAGGUUUACUGCAUGCAGACCCACAUCCAGGAAACUUGCGAUACAUUUCAUCAGGACAAAUAGGGUUUUUGGAUUUUGGUUUAAUUUGCCAAAUGGAGAAGAAGCAUCAGUAUGCCAUGCUGGCAUCAAUAGUAGACAUUGUAAAUGGGGAUUGGGGGUCCCUGGUACGUUCUCUUAUGGACAUGGAUGUUGUUAGGCCAGGAACUAAUGUCCGGCGUGUUACAAUGGAACUGGAAGGUGCUUUAGGAGAGGUGGAAUUCAGAGAUGGAAUUCCUGAUGUCAAGUUCAGUCGAGUUCUUGGCAAAAUAUGGUCUGUUGCCCUCAAGUAUAAUUUCCGGAUGCCUCCAUACUAUACCCUUGUUUUACGUUCUCUUGCAUCUCUGGAGGGUUUGGCCUUAGCUGCAGAUCCAAACUUCAAGACAUUUGAAGCUGCAUAUCCCUAUGUUGUCCGGAAACUACUAACUGAAAAUUCAGCUGACGCCAGGAGGAUUUUGCAUUCGGCGAUUUUAAACAAGAGGAAGGAGUUUCGUUGGGAGAGACUUAAUCUUUUCCUCAGAGUAGCAUCAACUAGGAAAACCUUGAACCGGAUGAUAGCAUCAAAGAGCGAAAGCUCCGCUGACUAUCUGCCGAGUAAGCCCAGUGGUGUUAUUGAAGUGGCGCAAAUGAUCUUGAAACUUUUACCUUCAAAAGAUGGCAUUGUGCUUAGGAGACUUUUAAUGACAGCAGAUGGGGCUUCGUUAAUUCGAGGAAUGGUUUCCAAAGAGGCAACGCCCUUAAGACAGCAACUAUGCAAGGUCAUCGCUGAUGUUAUGCACCAAUGGGUUGUUCAAGCCCUUGGACAACACAUUACUGCACUUAAGUAUUCAAGAUUGACAAGUGGGUCCAGCAAGAAGGACCUGGUGGCUUCAACUUCCAGAUCAUCUGUUUCAGUUGAUGAAUACCAAGCGAUUCUCAGAGAUCCACGACUAAAAGUGAUCUUCCUGAGAAUAAUCAGCUCCACGAGGAAAGAUCCAGCACUGAUGCUUAAGUUCAGCUGGACCUCUUUUAUCAUGGCAGUCACGGCCUCAGCACGCGCCUUCCAUCGGGUUUUGGUCUCUUUAUCUGAAGCUUUUGUUAGCUCUCUGCCUCUUUCUCCCAAGCGGGUGGCAGUCAGUGCUUGAUAUUCUAGUUGGAAAGUCAGGAAAUCCUCUCUAGACUCUGGAGAACGUGCUGCCUGCCUGCUUCCCUCUUCAGUGUGAAAUACUUCCGAACUGAGCAUCAUCAAAGUUGGUAAUCUUUUUCGACCAGCUGCUACUGUGGGAGCUGAUUCUACCAUGGCUGUCGUAGUGUUUAUUUAAGUUGUCCCACUAAAGUAGUCUCGUUCAUCGCUUCCAAGUUGGUUCAGUGAGGAGGCUGUGUAUAAUGUAUGUACAGAAGAACCAUAAGCCGAAUAGGAAGAUGUAGAUAGGGUAGUCCUCCUGAUAUCAAUCAUCUUCACUAUGGUAAAUCAAAAAGGGGGCAUCCUUGAGGUUGAAGAUGAAUGAAGUUGUUACUGGUGUGUAUGUAACAUGCCUACUCUGGUUUGAGGUCUGUUGAUUACUUGAUUCUAUUAGGUGCAACUUGAAAGCAUGCAUUCUGUGAAGGGUGGGCGGUUUUACUUCAUUUCUGCUGGUUUGCUGCCGCCUGCCUUGCCAGUGAAAAUGAGUCAGUUAUCCAAAAGUCGGUCGGUGAUAAAUUGCUACGGCGAUUUGGCUCUCAUUCCAAAAAACGUGUCCUUGGGAUCCAACUCACCCGGGACGCCGUCGGUGGGGAUUGUUAUCAGGAUCUAUGGCGGGAUACAACAGUCAUGUGAAUGAAUGCGUGACGGCCUGUCGGAGUGGCUGAUUUUAAGGCGCGGAAAUGAGAAGCUCAGCGUUUUGCAUGCCGGCCAAGCGACCGUGACUGCCUUGAGGCAGUCCCGUUUUCUUUGGUUUAGCCCGUAAGAUAAUAUUGGAGGUUGUAGCUCAUUUUGCCGUAUCAUUUAG